AUGGAAGAGAACAUAUCAAUAUCCCUAAACACCGAAGAAAUAAUCGAAGAAGAAGAUCCAACAUCAGUGAUUGCUCAGCUUAGACGAAUUCAGGAACUCAACAAAGAUGGCGAUUUUUUGAAAAAAGAGGAUUUGGAUUAUAUCAAAAAUUAUGAUCGCAAAGUUUAUGGCCGAAAAUUCUCGUCAGAUGAAGAGGAUUAUUAUCCGAAGAAAAAAUAUGAAGAAGUUGAAGUUGAAGAGGAUUCAGAUGAAUUUUAUUAUGAUUCUGAAACUGGAGAAUAUUUCGAAGUUGAUGAUGAUCUUGAAGAUCAAGAUCAAGAUCAAGAUCAGGAGGAAGAUCCGGAAAAACUGGUUGAAGAUUAUUAUGAUGAAGAAGAGGAGAUUCUGAAGAGUCAAGAUCCACCUUCGGCGUUGGAUAAAUUUAAAUCGAAAUCGAAUUCGGGCGAAUCGAAGGUUCAUGAUUUUAUUGAUGUGGAUUUUCCGAUUUUGAUGAGUAUGACUAGAGUUUGGUUUGAGGAGGGGAGGAAGUGAGUUUUUUAUUUUUGGGAGGGGAAAUUUUGAACGUGUUAUGAUUUUGGUGGCCUUGAAACCCACAUUCUUGCUUCUGGUGGCCUAGGAAUCCAAAUAUCUCUCAAAAACUCUUCCAGGUGGCCUAGAAACCCAAAUUCUCGCUUCUGAUGGCCUAGGAAUCCAAAUAUUAUUCAAAAACUUUUCCUUUUGGCCUAGAAAUCAGUAUUCAUGUUUCUGAUGGCCUAGAAAUCCAAAUAUUGUUUGAAAACUCUUCCAGAUGGCUUAGAAACCCAAAUUCUCGCUUCUGGUGGCCUAGAAAUCCAAAUUUUAUCCAAAAACUCUUCCAGAACCUAAAUUCUUGUUUCUAAUAGCCUAGGAAUCCAAAUUUUAUCCAAAACCUCUUCCAGAUAACCUAGAAACCCAAAUUCUUGUUUCUGAUGGCCUAGGAAUCCAAAUUUUAUCCAAAACCUCUUCCAGAUAACCUAGAAACCCAAAUUCUUGUUUCUGAUGGCCUAGGAAUCCAAAUUUCAUCCAAAAACUCUUCCAGAUGACCCAGGAAUCCAAAUUUUAUCCAAAACCUCUCCCAGAUGACCUAGAAACCCGAAUUCUUGUUUCUGAUGGCCUAGAAACCCAAAUUCCCAAGCCUAGGUUCAUUUAGGCUCAAAAGAAUCCAAAUUUUCAACCUACCAUUCUCAAUCUGUGUAGUUCUCUCGGAAAACUUAUUUUUUUUCCAGAAUCGGAACUCUUCCCCUUGUCGCAAUUGCUGAUCAAUUAGAUGUGCCUGAAACUUGCUCAAUUGGCUCAUGGAGAGAAGUGGCGAAUUAUUUCAAAAUUUCACCGCAACUUUUUCUUGUAAGUUAGAAUUUUUUGGAAUUUCAGGCUCAGAAUCUAGGCUGAUUUAGAUUCAAAAAAUCCGGAAUUUCAGGUCCAGAAUCUAGGCUUUUUUAGGCUUAAAAAAUCGAUGAAUACAGCCUGAAAAUCUAGACUUAUUUAGGCUCAAGUCAUCCAGAAUUUCAGGCUCGAACUCCAGGCUUUUCUAGACCCAAAAAAUCCGGAAUUUCAGGGUUAAAAAUUCGAAGUUUCAAGCCAAAAAUCUGGACCUAUUCAGGCUCAGAAUCUAGGCUUAUUUAGGCUCAAUAUAUCCAGGCUUUUCUAGACUUAAAAAAAUCGAUAAUUUCAGCCUGAAAAUUUAGGCUUAUUUAGGCUCAAAAUAACCAGAAUUUUAAGCUCAGAAUCUAGGCUUUUCUAGACUUAAAAAUCGAUAAUUUCAGCUUGAAAAUCUAGGCUUACCUAGACUCAAAAAUCGAUAAUUUCAGCCUGAAAGUUUAGGCUUAUUUAGGCUCAAAAUAACCAGAAUUUUAAGCUCAGAAUCUAGGCUUUUCUAGACUUAAAAAAUCGAUAAUUUCAGCUUGAAAAUCUAGACUUAUUUAGGCUCAAAAUAUCCAGAAUUUCAGGUUCGAACUCUAGGCUUUUCUAGACCGUAAAAAAUCGAUAAUUUCAGCCUAAAAAUCUAGGCUUUUCUAGACCGUAAAAAACGAUAAUUUCAGCCUGAAAACUAGGCUUAUUUAGGCUUAAUUUAUCCAGGCUUUUCUAGACUUAAAAAAUCGUUUAUUUCAGUCUGAAAAUCUAGGCUAAUUAGACUCAAAAAAUCCAGAAUUUCAAGCUGAAAACUAGGCUUUUCUAGACUCAAAAUAACCAGAAUUUCAGGUUCGAACUCUUGACUUUUCUAGACUCAAAAAUCGAUAAUUCCAGCCUGAAAAUCUUGCCUUUUUUAGAUUCGAAAAUCGAUAAUUUCAGGCUCACAAUCUAGGCUUUUAGCCCAAAAAAUCCGGAAUUUCAGACUCAAACUCUAGGCUUUUCUAGAUUCAAAAAUCGAUAAUUUCAGGCUCACAAUCUAGACCUAUUUAGAUUUAUAAUAUCCAGAAUGUCAGGCUGAAAACUAGGCUUCUCAGACCUUCUCACCCCAAUAUCGAUUUUUUCCAGAAUCUCGAAGCCAACUCCGAAACAGCUUGCCUCGAUCUUUUGGAGCAUUUACGAGAAGAAAAAGCUCAAAAAUUGGUAUAUUCACUAGAAAGUAUUAGAAGAUUAGAUGUCUUAGCUUUCCUGAAAAUUUUCCGAAAUCAACGACAAAAUAAUGAGAUCUUCAAUCUGGAAGCAAUGUCUCGAACAAACUCAAUGCAUUCUGGAAUUGGUUUCAGCCAAAUGAGCACCGGAAGAAUUGGCGAUUCUGAAAUUAUUGCAGCAGCUCCUGUGCAAAGUCCGAUGGUGAUCAAGAAAAAUGGGAAGAUUCUCGCAGGUCCCCCAAUAAUUUUGAUAAAUCAUGCGGAAAAAACGGCACUGGAAUUGAAAAAUUAUCGAUGGCUGGUGAAGAAUUUGAAAAGUAAUUUGAAGAAUUUCCAUUUUCAAAUUGUUGACAUCGCUGAACUUAUGGAUGAUUUUUCGCAAAUUUUGGAGAUUUAUCAAAAUUCGACGCAUGUGCUCAUUUGUUAUAACAAAACCUAUUUGAAUAUGUUGAAUGAGGAUGAGGAGAUUUGGAAGUUUCGAAAGUUUGUGCAUCAGCAGACACAAUCGGAGUUUUUUAGUCAGGGAAUGAAGAAUUUGAGAUGUAGGAGUGUUUUAAUGCCGGUGAGUUUGGGUUUUUGGGCUUCAGAAGGCUUCAGAAGGCUUCAGAAGGCUUUAGAGGGCCCUAGAAGGCUUUUCAGGGCUUCAGAAUGCUUCAGAAGGCCUCCAAAGGCUUCAGAAGGCUUCAGAAAGCCUCAGAAUGCUUUAGAGGGCUUCAGAAGGCUCCAAAAGGCUUUAGAGGACUUCAGAAGGCUACAGAAGGCUUCCCAAGGCUUCCAAAGGCUUCAGAAGGCUUCCCUAGGCUUCAGAAGGCUUCAGAAGGCUCCAGAAAAGUGAAAUGCACUUUUGUUUUUUUUUUUUCACACAACAUGAUUGAAAUUUGUGUGUUGAACUUUCAGAAAUGUGCUCUCUAGAGAAUAUCUGUCAGAUUUUUUCCCUCUUCUGAUUUUUUUUCAGAUUGCACUUUAAGUUUUAAUUUCAGGCUUAAAAAUUUGAGAAAAUUAUAUGUCUGGAAAAUUAUUUUAUGACGUAGAUUAUUUUUUGAGAGCGAAAAUCUCUGGAGAUUUUUUGUCUGAUUUUAUUUUUGGAAUUUUUUUCAGAAAAAUUAUUUGAAGAAGCCUAAGAAGCCUUCUAAGCCCCUUCUGAAGCUCUCUGGAGCUUUCUGAAAAUUUCAGCAGCUCUCUGAAGCCUUCUGAAGCCUUCUGAAGCCCUUUAAAGCCUUCUAAAGCCCUCUAAAGCUUUCUGAAGCCUUCUGGGGCUUUCUGAAAAUUUCAGAAGCUCUCUGAAGCCCUCUAAAGCCUUCUGAAGCCUUCUGAAGCCCUUUAAAGCUUUCUGAAGCCUUCUGAAGCCUAUAAAUGUGAUAAGGAUCCGCCCCUAGACAACUUCAGAGCUUUCAUGCCAAGCAUCCUUGAGAUCUAUUCUGGCAAGGAACCGCGCCUAGAGAACUCAAACGUCAAGUAACCGCGCCUAGAAAGCCAAAAAUUCCCAGAAAUUCUUCCAAACUCCCCAAUUUUUCAAUAUAUUUUUAUUCCAGGGUCUCACCACAUCCGAAUCAACAGGCUGGGCUCCAGUCACCCACCAAUACGCUUUCCCUUCAGAUCUCCAAGGACUUCUAAAUCGAAUUAUUGAUUCGAAAAAUACAAUAUGA